CAAGGAGUUCUAAGUACUUUCUUGAAGAAAAGGGGGGUAUCACGUGAGGGACUUGAGAGCCAGCACAAGCUCAUGUGAAGCUGCUGAGUGCAUAUAAGCCUCAGAGCAUGUUACUGGUUGGUGGAAUGAUAUGGUACCGAAAUUUCCAAACUUCAAAAGUCGAUGUGAGGUGGUGAAGGAAGGAAAGAAAAGAAAUUUCCAGGAGAGAGGAAUCGGUUCGUCGCAGAUGGCUCGCUUCGCUUGCUGUAGAAUUUUUCUACAUUCAACAUCCUCCUCGAGCUAGACGAGUUUGAAGACCACAAGAUGGUUGUUAACAGAGCCUUACGUGCCACAGGAUGUGCCGGCUGUCGGUUAUCGCUCUUAAGGAGCUUUGCUUCCUUGGCCGGUGCACCAAUUCGAGCCCCGGUAACCGCCUUGAGAUUUCCAAGAUGUCAACCCUCGUCACAGACACGGCAGUCUUCGAGAUUCACAUCGGAGAGUGAAGUGUGGAAAGAUGAUAUUGAGGACAGCAAGCAAACCAAGAUAGAGCCGGGAGAAGCCGAAGAGGAGCUUGAAUAUGUUGAAGAGCUGUCAGAAGAAGAGCCACGAGUAUCGACGGUUCCAUGGUACGUCCAAGUUAACUCUCCGCAAAGAGCUCCACAACCAUUAUCAGAGCGACAACGAAUACCAGAGCUCCCAGAAACUCCUCCACCAAUACUCGAACCUCUUCUCAAGCAAAUAUCAAUCGACCUCGGUCUUGACGACCUCUCCCUUUUAGACCUCCGAAAGCUCGAUCCUCCUCCCGCAUUAGGAGCCAACCUCCUAAUGCUAAUUGGCACAGCAAGAAGCGAAAAGCAUCUACACGUCUCUGCAGACAGGUUAUGUCGAUGGCUACGAAGUACAUACAAGUUACGGCCAAAUGCGGAUGGAUUGUUAGGAAGGAAUGAGCUGAAGUUGAAGUUGAAGCGAAAGGCGAAGAAAGCAAAGCUUUUGGGAAGCAGCACUGAUGAGAAUGCCGAUGAUGGAGUGCGGACUGGAUGGGUCUGCGUUGAUGUUGGUGUUGUUGAAGAAGCAGAAGGUGGAGCUAUUGAACCCUCCAAGCAGGAUUUUGUUGGAUUUGGUCGCCGGACUGAAGGUGUGAGGAUGGUGGUUCAAAUGUUGACUGAGGAGAAGAGGGAGGAGGUUGAUUUGGAAAGCCUUUGGAGUGGGAUUCUACGACGAGGAACCCAGCCUCAUGUAGAGGAUGCCGAGGAUGCUGAAGCCUUGUCCACAGGAAACGCGUCAACGCCGGAAGCCCUCCCCGAAUCAAUUCGACCAGCAGGGACGGCCGGUCCUUCCUCAUUUGUUGGGCAAACUCGUGGAUUUCACACAAGUGCGCGUCGUCUAUUACAAGAGGUAGAGCCAGCCGCAACAGCGGGUUCCACAGCCAGUGAUUUUGAAGUUUUGGAUCUGGACCAGCUUCGGAAAUCUGCGAUGCAGAAUAUUGUGUCAGGAGAUUAUCUUAAAGUUUCGAAUAUGCUACGUCAAGCCAGCCAACUUGUUCCUCGGCUACAGAAUGGAGGGUGGAGGCUCUUUCUUCUGGAUCUGCUGAGGACAUACCUAUCAAGCCUCCCUAGAGAUCAAGCUUUGCAAGAGUUGGGUAAUUCAGAUUCCCAAACACCAUUCAUAACUUGCUUCAAGGAUGCUCUGUCAUUGUAUCCAACCGAAUUUGAGGCCGAGAGUAGAAUAUGGCUGCAUGUCUAUGCCAGGGGGCUUGAACAUCCUGAUUAUGACAAAGGGAAUCUUUUCGCGCUUAUGGACGAGCUACUUCUCGCCGGGGUAAGGAUCUCUCGACCAGCAUAUAUAUAUGCUCUUCGCAGCCUCAUUCUCCCUGGUACAAGAGGACACACUUCUACCAAAUCUCUCAAAGCUGCAACGAGGAUUCUUGAAGCAAUGUACGACCAAGGCAUGGAUAUCCUCACUGAGGACAUAUUUGUGGAAUUGCAAGAAGCUGCCGCUGCAAGUCCUGCUCAGGCGACAUCGCCGUAUCAAGUCUACACACAUCCAGAUGAUACACACGACCUUCCUGGCAUGCGAAUGACUCCGGUUCAGCGUCGACUGCAUGUUUUAACCAAGACCAUCGAUUUGCCUCCUUUUUCGGAUGAAUCAAGGAUGCGACUGAUGCAUCUUCACGCUAAGAACCAGUAUUGGCUCGAAUUCUGGGAUAUUUUCAGAAUGGCGCCUCGACAAGGCCAACCUAAUUCAGCAGCUAUGUACGCUUUCAUGUUUGGUACAGUGGCACAAACCGGGCACCAGAAAGCUUGUAUGAAUGUUCUACGAACUUGGACCACAGAAAUGAGACGAGAGCAGCCUCCAGUCGCUUUUGAAGGGGAGGUUGCAGAGGCUAUCAAAGCUUGUUUGCGGGUAGCGGAUCCAUAUAUUGAACAAGCUGUGGUCGAUUCUCCGGAUGCGAAAGGAGAAUGGCUGUCCUUGUGGCAGAAGUGUCGUUGGACCGGGGGACAAAACGAUCCGUUUUUGUACGAUUAACUGAUGACGAGAUGUUGUAAGAUUACCAUAUAGGACCAGAGAUACCGAGCUGUAUAACUCGCAACACUUGCACGAGAACGUUGGUUGUGUCUA